AAAGUUAAAAAAGUAAAACACAUAAAAUUAAGCAACGCAUUAGAUCAAGCACCAGAAAAAGAUAAUAAACAAAUUUCAAAUAUUACAUCCGAAGUUAUUGCAAUAACAAGUAAAGAAGAUAAUUCAAUAUUUAUUUAUGACCUUAGAAAUGGUGUCCUUUUAGCCACCUUUAAUAGUAGUUCAAGUGAACCAAAUGGAUUUUGUGUAGUUGGUAAUGAAUAUUUUGCUACAUCUCAAUCACAAAAACCAAUGAUUCAUUUGUACAGUUGGAAAAAAGAUCAACCAAUUUAUAAAACUCCACUUCAAGAAAAAUCUGGACCAAUUUGUUCAAGUUCCGAUGGCAGUUAUGUUGCAAUGGGUACACCAAGUGGUGUUGUUUACCUUUGGGAAGUCGCCACAGGUACAUUGUUAAGAAUGUGGGAGGCUCACUACAAUAAAAUCUCAUGUCUUACAUUCACCAAAGACGAUUUCUAUUUAAUUACAGCCGGUGAUGACGGUAUCAUAAAUUGUUGGAGUUUUGACCAUAUUUUAGAUAGAGAAGUUUCACUUAUCAGAGCUAAAAACUCAUUCUCUGAUCAUUCUUUAGGUAUUACAUCGUUAUAUAGUGGUUUUGGUGGCUCAAAUUCACGUCUUUUCUCCGCCUCUUUAGAUAGAACUGUUAAAAUAUGGGAUAUGGUCACUGGUGCCUGUAUAAAUUCAAUCAUUUUCCCAACCUUUUUAACCUCAAUAGUUUUAGAUUCAACAGAAACAACUCUUUAUGUUGGUGGUGGCAAUGGUAUAAUUUAUCAAAUAGAUUUAAUUCAAUUAAAUAGUGGUUCAUUAUUAAAUAAUAGUAUCGCAAAUAACAGCAACAAUAAUAGCAUUAAUGAAAAAUCUUUCACCUCAGAAAUCGAUAAUAAUAACAAUAAAAGAAAAACAUUCACCGGUCACACAAAAGCAAUUAGUUCAUUAUCAUUAUCAAUCGAUGGAUCAUUAUUAAUUUCAGGUUCAAUUGAUGGUGUUUGUAAUAUUUGGGAUACUUUUAGUCGUCAAACUGUCAGAUCGAUUGCCAAUACAAUUAAAGGUGGAAUCUCGUCAUUAUUUGUUAUGAUGAACCCAAUCGAUCAAUUAAAUUUCAAUGCUAAUGGUAUAGUCGAUAAUAAGAAAUUAAUGGAUCCAUUACAACCUUUCGAAAAGUACUCUGCAAAUACCAUUGAAAGAACCAGUGUUCCAAUGAAAUUAAAAGAUAUUCAAGUUGAUAAUCAUUUGGAUUAUCUUCCAACUGUUUCAAAUUUACAAAUAAGAAUCGAAAGUACUCAAUCUACAAAUGACGAAAUUAUAAAUAUUACAAAUCAAGAAACUAAUAGUAAAAUUAAUGAAUUAAAUAACACUAUUCAAGAUUAUGAAAAACAAGUUGCUCAAUUAAAGAAAAAUAUUGAAGCUUUAACAAAAAAUAAUGAAAAUCUUAAAUUAACUAAUGAAAAAUUAACAAAUCAAUUUAUUCAAUUUAAACAACAACAAGAAUCAAUUACUAAUAAAAAUAAAAAUAAAAAACAACAACAACAACAACAACAGCAACAACCAAAAAAAGAAAUUUUAGAAGAUGAAGAUGAUUUAGAAAUUAUUGAAGAUCAAGCCGAAAUUAAAAGAAAGGAACCAAAA